AUGAACACGGGCAGUCAAAUCCGCCUGUUACUGUGGAAAAACUGGACUCUGCGCAAGAGACAGAAGAUCCGCUUCCUGGUUGAGAUCCUGUGGCCUGUGGUGUUAUUCAUCGGUCUGGUUUGGUUGAGGAAAGCCAACCCGCUGUACAGACAACAUGAAUGUCACUUCCCCAACAAGGCCAUGCCCUCAGCGGGGAUCCUCCCCUGGAUCCAGGGUAUCUUCUGCAAUGCCAACAACCCCUGUUUCAGAUAUCCCACCAGGGGCGAGGCCCCCGGGGUCGUCUCCAACUACAACAACUCCAUACUGGCCCGGUUUUACACGGACAUCCAGGAGCUGUUCCUCAACGACACCGAGGCCCAACAGCUUGGCAGAAUAUGGAGGGAGCUGUCCUCCUUCUCCAACUUCAUGGAGACCCUACGCAGCAACCCGUCAUUAGUGUCAGGUCGUGGGCUGAGGAUAGACGACAUUUUGAAGGAUGACGAGACUCUCACGGCCUUCCUGCUGCGAGACGCGGCCCUCCCCGACUCCAUUGUCUACCAGCUGGUCAAUGCGCAAUUACGUCUGGAACAGUUUGCCUUUGGUAUACCAGACCUGCAGCUGAAAGAUAUAGCCUGCAGCCAGGUCUUGCUGGAGCGCUUCAUCAUCUUCCCCAGUCGCAGGGGUCUGUACGGGGUGAGGAACGCCAUGUGUGCCCUCUCCCAGCAGAGGCUGCAGAGGAUAGAGGACAUACUCUACGCUAACCUGGACUUCUUCAAGAUCUUCCGACUGAUGCCUCGGGUAAUGGACAGCAGCUCUGAGGGGAUUGACCUUCACGCCUGGGGUCGAGUUCUUUCGGCGGUGUCCGAGAAGAUCCAAGUGCUGAGGGAGCAGGACAGCACCAAGGACCUUGUCAAGGCAAUCUCCCCUCUGUUCCAAACCGGGGGUCCUUCCUCCUUCACCCAGCUCAUGUCCACCGUGUCCGGCCUCUUCUGCGGGUACCCAGAGGGCGGUGGCUCCAGGGUGCUCUCCUUCAACUGGUACGAGGACAACAACUACAAGAUGUUCCUGGGGGUCAAUGGCACCAAGAGCCACGACUACGUCUAUGACCGGACUGCCACACCCUUCUGCAACGACCUGAUGCAGAGUCUGGAGUCCAACCCAGUCACCAAAAUCGUUUGGAAUUCGGUCAAGCCCUUGCUGAUGGGAAAGAUCCUGUACACCCCUGACUCCCCUGCUGUCCGCAAGAUAUUAAAGAGCGCCAACACAACAUUUGAGGAGUUGGAGAGACUGCAGAAUAUGGCUAAAUCCUGGGAGGAGGUGGGGCCUCAGCUCUGGGCCUUCUUCCACAGCAGCGUCCAGAUGAACAUGAUCAGGGAUACCCUGAGAAACCCCACGGUGAUGGACUUCCUGGAUAAGAGCAUGGAAGACUCUGAAAUGUCCACCAAAGACAUCCUUAACUUCCUGUACAGCGGUCAAGAGAGGUAUAGGGAGGCAGGCAUGCCUGAUUUUGAUUGGAGGAAUGUUUUCAACCUCGCCGACCAGAUCAUACGCAUGUUCAACCAGUACAGAGAGUGCAUCAACUUGGACAAGUUUGUGGCUCACACGGACGAGUCACAGAUGACCUUCCAGGCCCUGUACCUGCUAGAGCAGAACAAGUUUUGGGCGGGCCUGGUCUUCUUGGAAAUGUAUCCCUGGACCACAAGCGUGCCCUCACACGUGAAGUACAAGAUCCGUAUGGACAUUGACGCCGUGGAGCGCACCAACAAGAUUAAAGACAGGUACUGGGACCCAGGCCCGAGGGCGGACGCGGUGGAGGACCAGCGGUACAUCUGGGGAGGCUUCGCCUACUUGCAGGACAUGAUUGAACACGGAAUUGUCAAACUGCACACGGGCAACGACUGGCCGCUCGGGACCUAUGUCCAGCAGAUGCCUUACCCGUGUUACGUGGAUGACCUCUUCAUGAUCACCCUGAACCGCUGCUUCCCCAUCUUCAUGGUGCUGGCCUGGAUCUACUCUGUCUCUAUGACAGUGAAGAGCAUUGUUCUGGAGAAAGAGCUCCGCCUGAAGGAGACCCUCAAGGCCAUGGGGGUUACCAACGGGGUCAUCUGGUACACCUGGUUCAUUGACAGCUUUAUCAUGAUGACUAUCAGCACCGCCCUGCUCACUUCCAUAGUCAUGGGCGGGAAGGUGCUGAACUAUAGCAACCCCAUCCUCGUCUUCCUGUUCCUGCUGACCUUCACAGUCACCACCAUCAUGCAGUGUUUCCUGAUGAGUGUGUUCUUCAGCAAGGCUAACCAGGCAGCGGCUUGCAGCGGCAUCAUCUACUUCACCCUCUACCUGCCACACGUUCUCUGCUUCGCCUGGCAGGACCGCAUCACCCACAACAUGAAGUUAGCCGCCAGCCUGUUGUCACCAGUGGCCUUUGGGUUCGGGACGGAGUACCUGUCCCGGUAUGAGGAGCAGGGUCUGGGCCUGCAAUGGGACAAUAUCCAGACCAGUCCCUUAGAUGGAGAUAUGUACUCCUUCCUCACCUCCGUAUACAUGAUGAUGCUUGAUGCUGUCCUCUACGGUGUCCUGGCCUGGUACUUGGAUAAUGUCUUCCCAGGGCAAUACGGCAUUGGUCGGCCGUUUUAUUUCCCCUUCCAAGCUUCAUACUGGCAAAAAUCUGAGGCCUCCUUCCCAGACAUGGCAGCUCAAGGGCCCGAAAGGCUCUCAGCAGAGUGCAUGGAGAGGGAUGUGGGGAGCAUGGGUACACCUGAGACCUAUACCUGUAAUGGAAGCAGAAAGACCUGCAAGCACCAGCAGAAAAGGGAGAGGCUGGAGAGAGAGCGGGAGCUGCACAAACAACAGGAGGAACAACCUAACCAAGAAGAGGACUGCAACUGGCAAGAAACAGGCCAGUUAUUCUUUGAGCCAGACCCAGUGGGGCUGGUGAUGGGCGUGCAGAUCCAGGACCUGGUCAAGGUGUUUGAUGGAGGCUCUCGUCCAGCCGUCAACUGUCUCAACAUCACUUUCUAUGAAAGUCAAAUCACGUCCUUCCUGGGACACAACGGGGCAGGAAAAACCACCACCUUGUCCAUCCUAACCGGUCUGUACCCGCCCACGUCUGGCACAGCCUACAUCAAUGGAAGAGACAUUAGGACUGAAAUGGACAUAAUCCGUACCUCCAUGGGCAUGUGUCCUCAGUACAACAUCCUCUUCAAACAUCUGACGGUGGAAGAGCACAUCCUGUUCUAUGCCCUGCUGAAAGGCAGAACCCAGGCUGAGGCAGAGAAGGAGGUUGAAAAUAUGUUAGAGGAUUUGGGGCUGCCACAUAAGAGAGAUGAAGAAGCCCAGAACCUCUCAGGUGGUAUGCAGAGGAAGCUGUCGGUUGCCAUGGCGUUUGUCGGGGGAUCAAAGAUUGUGAUCCUGGAUGAGCCCACCUCGGGGGUGGACCCCUACUCCAGACGGGCUAUCUGGGACCUCCUACUGAAGUACAGAUCUGGCCGUACAGUGAUUCUUUCCACCCAUCACAUGGACGAGGCUGACCUGCUAAGUGACCGUAUAGCCAUCAUCUCCAAAGGCCAGCUCCACUGCUGUGGUUCGCCCCUCUUCCUAAAGAGCUACUUCGGGGUGGGUUUCUACCUCACCCUGGUACGGCGCAUGAAGGACCUCAGGAAGAAAGAGAAUGACUGUGACUGUGCCUCAGACUGCUCCUGUGACUGCUCCAUCUGCACCAAGUACAAAGACCAGUCUCAGAACCAGUCGCAGCAACUAGACAGAGCCUUGGAUGGAGACAUAGAGAGCAUCACCAGUCUGAUCCACCACCACGUCCCAGAGGCAAAGCUCAUUGAGAUGAUCGGCCAGGAGUUGACCUACCUUCUGCCCAACAAGGGCUUUAAGCACCGGGCCUACGCCAGUCUGUUCAGGGAGCUGGAGGAGACCCUGGGUGACAUGGGCCUUAGCAGCUUUGGCAUCUCCGACACCUCACUGGAAGAAAUAUUUUUAAAGGUCACGGCAGAUUGCGAGGCAGCAAAUAAUGCCACCACUCCCGAACAGUGGAUUCUACAGUGGAGGAAAAAUGGCAGCAAAUUUGGUUCGGGGGUCAGUGCAGAUGUGGAUGGGGUGAUGCAGGUCAACGGGGAUACCUGUGAUGCCCCAGAUAGCAGCGCAGGGAGGGGCUCCAGGCAGGUGAAAGGGGGCGCUCUAGUCAUGAAGCAGUUUCUCGCUCUGCUGGUGAAGAGGUUCCAGCAUGCAACACGCAGCAAAAAAGACUUCUUGGCGCAGAUCGUCCUGCCUGCUGGUUUUGUCCUGAUAGCCCUGGUCUUCACCAUGAUCGUCCCUCCGUUUGGAGAAUACCCCAGUUUAACUUUGACCCCUUGGAUGUACGGACAACAGUUCACCUUCUUCAGUAAUGAGCAGCCGUUCCUCCCCAAGAUAAAGGCCUUUGCAGAAGGUCUGCUGAGCCAGCCAGGCCUGGGGACACGCUGCAUGGAGGGAGAACCACUGGGCAUGUCUUGUAGGAACAGCUCUUCAGAGUGGGAGGAGCCAGAUGUUUCCCCCGUGGUCACCAACAUCUUACUGAGUCCCGAGUGGCACCCCCGAAACCCCUCCCCCUCCUGCCAGUGCAGCACCGGUAAGAAGCUAACCAUGAUGCCCAUCUGCCCAAUCGGAGCAGGGGGCUUGCCCCCUCGCCAGAGGAUAGAGGUCACGGGAGACACCAUGCUGGACCUGACGAACAGGAACAUCUCUGACUACCUGGUUAAAACCUACUCGAGUCUCAUCAGGACCAGUUUGAAGAGCAAAUAUUGGGUGAACGAACAAAGAUAUGGAGGUCUGUCAGUCGGAGGACAGCUGCCCAUCCUAGAUGUAGACCCCCAAAACAUCCGCAGUGUUUUUCAUCAGCUGGGACAGAUGCUCAACAUCACAGGGGGUUACUACUCUAGACUUGCUCUGAAAGACAUCGGUCCCUUCCUCAGAUACAUGGAGAGUGAAUUCAAUGUAAAGGUUUGGUAUAACAACAAAGGCUGGCACGCCGUGGUGGCUUUCAUGAAUGUUGCCAAUAAUGCCAUUCUGCGGGCUUUUCUGCCCCGUUCCGCCAACCCCGUGGAGUACGGCAUUACCGCCAUUAACCAUCCUCUCAACCUCACCAAAGAGCAGCUGUCCGAGGUCACUGUGUUGACCACAUCGGUGGAUGCUGUGGUGGCCAUCUGUGUCAUCUUCGCCAUGUCCUUCAUCCCUGCCAGCUUCGUCCUCUACCUCAUCCAGGAGCGCGUGACCAAGGCCAAGCACCUCCAGUUUGUCAGUGGGGUCAGCCCCUUGAUCUACUGGGUGGCCAACUUCUUCUGGGACAUGAUAAACUACUUUAUGAGCACUGCAAUGGUGGUUGGCAUUUUCAUGGCUUUCAACAAAAAGUGCUACACAUCACCAACAAACCUGCCAGCACUCGUUGCCCUACUCCUGCUGUAUGGGUGGUCAGUGACACCCAUGAUGUAUCCCCUGUCAUACAUCUUCAACAUCCCCAGCACGGCCUACGUCUCUCUGUCCUGCAUCAACCUGUUCAUAGGCAUCAACAGCAGCGCCAUCACCUUCAUCCUGGAGCUGUUUGAAAACAACCGGUCUCUGCUGAAGUUUAAUGAGUGGCUGAAGAAGGGGCUGCUGGUGUUCCCUCACUUUUGCCUGGGCCGGGGCCUGAUAGACAUGGCCAUGAACCAGGCAGUUACUGACGUUUACGCCCGAUUUGGUGAGGAGUACACUAUGGACCCUUUCAGGUGGGACUUUAUCGGGAAGAACGUGGCUUUCAUGGCUGUGGAAGGCGUGGUCUACUUUGUUCUAAACAUUCUGAUCCAGUACCGCUUCUUCCUCAACCACUGGUUGUCCGAUGUCCAGCGGCCACCGAUAAAAGGUGAAGAUGACGACGUGGCAGCAGAGAGGCAGAGGAUCUACGAAGGAGGCAGCAAGUCAGACAUCUUGCAGAUUAGAGACCUCUCCAAGACUUACGUGGGCAGGAAGAGGGCAGCUGUGGAUCGGAUUUGUGUGGGUGUCCCCGCAGGAGAGUGCUUUGGUCUGCUGGGAGUGAAUGGAGCCGGAAAAACCACCACCUUCAAAAUGCUGACCGGCGACACCGAAGUGAGCUCCGGGGAGGCCACGGUGGUUGGCUACAGCAUCCUGAAGGAGAUUUUGGACGUGCACCAGAACAUGGGCUACUGCCCCCAGUUUGACGCCAUCGAUGACCUAUUGACAGGCAGGGAACAUCUCUACCUCUACGCACGUCUCCGGGGAGUGCCCGAGUCAGAGAUCGCCAGAGUGGCAGAAUGGAGUAUCCAGAAGUUGGGUCUCACAGAGUAUGCAGGCUGUUGUGCGGGGACAUACAGCGGAGGCAACAAGCGUAAACUCUCCACGGCGAUCGCUUUGAUUGGCUGUCCGUCUCUGGUGCUGCUGGAUGAGCCCACCACAGGUAUGGACCCUCACUCUCGCCGGUUUCUGUGGAAUGCCAUCAUGAGUGUCAUUCAGGAUGGGAGGGCUGUGGUGCUGACAUCACACAGCAUGGAGGAGUGUGAAGCGCUCUGCACUCGUCUCGCCAUCAUGGUCAAUGGAACGUUCAAGUGUUUGGGCACCAUACAGUCUCUCAAAUACAAGUUUGGUGACGGUUACGUAGUGACCAUGAAAAUCAAGGCACCUAAAGCGGGCAUGUCUCCAGAUCUGGUCCCUGCUGAGAACUUCAUGGAGAGCUUCUUCCCCGGCUGUGUCCUGAGGGAGAAGCACUACAACACACUGCAGUAUGAGAUCGCCUCCUCCUCCCUGGCCAGGAUAUUCCAGCUGGUGGUGGCCAAUAAAGAGAGGCUCAGCAUCGAAGACUACUCCGUGUCCCAGACUACACUAGACCAGGUGUUUGUGAACUUUGCCAAGCAGCAGUCAGGAGACGACGAGGAUGCCACGUUGCAGCGACAGACGGCUGGCGGGCGGAAAGACAUCAAAAUAGCGCCACUCAAGAGGAAAAAGUAAAAGAAAAAAAAAGGACCUGAGAACUUUCAAAGACUUUAGAUGCAGCAGUGCUGUCAUGCAGUGCACACAGCUAUCUCUCCAGCCCAAUGGACACGUUUUAAUAUUUAGUCUUACCCACAAAUUUGCUUGCUAAAGUUAAGCAGAGUCUGGCUGGGUACGAGCUGAUGUUGUUUGCAGGAUAAUUGACCUUCCCUGCCUCAGCCAGCAUUUUUAACAAAAUACCACUGCUGGCUAAGGUCAACUAGACACCAUUAUCAAGGGUUUUUUCUUUUUUCUUUUUUUUUUAAGCAGAGGUAGAGAGCAAAGGCUGAUUUGACAUGCCCUGGCCUUCGGGAGUCAGAUUUGUUGUUUCUUUUUGCUGUGUUUUGUGCAUCAAAAUGGAUGCCUGAGCCAAAUGUUUUAAUACAAUAUUUGGGCAAAAGCAUAACAAUGCGUGAAUGCCCCCUGUUGCUUCAG